AUGCCGCCACCCAAGUCCAAGAAACUCACCGCGCAACCGGUGCGCACGCGCCAAUUCGCCGGAAAGCCCAAGGUCGCAGAAACUGAAGAGCGCUCAAGCUCAGAGUCGGAAUCUGAAGAGGAGCAGCCCAAGCCUACACCUUUUGCGAAACCGAAGCCUGCGCCCAUCGCGUCCUCGUUUCCCAAGUCAGCGCUCAAUUCGAAACUCGCGUCGCGGCAAAAGUCUGAGGCGGAAAGAAAGGCAUUAGAGGAGGGGUUUGAGACGGAGAGCGAAGAGGAAGGCGGCGAAGAUGGCAGUGAGAGCGGGAGUGGCAGCGGGAGCGAGGAAGAGUCUUCUGAAGAGGAGGAGUCCAGCAGUGAAGAUGAGGCGCCAAAGAAGCUGCUACGGCCCGUCUUCCUGAAGAAGAACGAGCGCAACAAAAUCACAGCACCCGUCAAGUCAGCAGAGGAAAUAGCGGCAGAGGAAGAGGCCAGACGGCAAGAGCAAAACCGGGCACUUGUCCAGGAGCAGGUCGAGCAGCGCAUCGCCGAAAAAGCGGCUGGGAAGAAGGACUGGGACGACGACGUAGAAGAUGCCGACAUCAACGCCAUCGACGACACCGACGGCCUAGACCCCGAAGCCGAGUAUGCCGCGUGGAAGCUACGCGAACUCAAGCGCAUCAAACGCGAACGUCUCGCCAUCGAGGAGGCCGAAGCCGAGCGCGCAGAGAUUGAGCGUCGUCGCAACCUCUCCGCCGCCGAGCGAGAAGCCGAAGACCGCGCGUUCAUCGAAAAGCAGCAGGAAGAAAAGGGCGACCGCGGCCAGAUGCAGUAUAUGCAAAAGUACUUCCACAAGGGCGCCUUCUUCACCGAUGAGCUCAAGGAGCUCGGCGUAGACCGCAGGAACCUCAUGAAUGCUCGCUUCGAGGACCAGACCAAUCGCGAACUGUUGCCCGAGUUCAUGCAGAUUCGCGACAUGACCAAAUUGGGCAAGAAGGGGCGAACACGGUACAAGGACAUGAAGAGCGAGGAUACGGGCAAGUGGGGUGACUUUGGUGACGACCGCCCACGAAGAGAUAGAGGUGGUUAUGGCGUCGACGAUCGGUUCAGGCCAGACGCUUAUGGAGGGAGGGAUCGCGACGGAGAAGGAGCUACAGGCGCGAAUGCGAAGCCGCUCGGAGAGCGAAAGCGGUUCGGAGAUGACAACGACCGAGAUAGCAAGCGGCCGAGAGUAUCUGAGCAGACAUAA